CCAUCAACAAAAACGAACAGUACCUUCUAGAGGAAAUAAUACGAACUUUCAAGGUCGUUUCCAAGAGCCGGAAAAGUUGAAAAUUACCUUUGACAAAGGUCUUAGUUGUGUGAAAGGAUGUAAGGAAGCCAAAUAUAAUUUCUUUAAAUUCUUUAUACGAAAAGUACCUG